AUUGAUUUCCAUUCGCAGAUUUUCCCGCGAACUCUAUUCCAUAUAUACACACACACAGUCACCUCUCUCUAUAUCUUCCUAUUACAUCUACAUUCAUUCACCUCUUCGAAAACGAUGGUGUCUGGGCCGAGAGCGGUUGCUAGACGGAGGACCCAAGCUACGAAUUCCAACAAAUCUUCUUCCAGGGAAAGAUCGAAUGCAAAGAAUAAAGAUGACAACGACUACGGCGACACAAAAUGUGAGGAAUGUGGGUCAGGUGACUAUGGAUCGGAGCUCCUAUUGUGCGACCAGUGUGACCGAGGGUUUCACUUAUUCUGCCUCAGACCUAUUCUUGCUUCUGUUCCGAUCGGCUCCUGGUUCUGUCGUUCUUGUUCCACCAAUCGGAAGACCAUUUCAAGAUUCCCGUUGGUUCAAACAAAAAUCAUUGAUUUUUUCCGCAUCCAGAGGUCCUCUACAUCAGGUGAAGAAUUUUGUCAAGAUAUAGGCAAGAAAAAGAGGCGAAAAAGUUGCUUAAUGGCAUCAAAGAAGAAAAGGAGACUGUUACCAUAUAUUCCAAGUGAGGAUCCUGCAAGAAGACUAGAACAAAUGGCAUCACUAGCCACAGCGCUGACAGCUACAGGAGCUGAGUUCAGUAAUGAGCUGACAUAUAUUCAUGGCAUGGCUCCUAGGUCAGCUAAUCGUCCUGCUUAUGAGAAAGAAGGGAUGCAGGUUUUAUCAAGAGAAGACACUGAGGCGUUGAAUCUGUGCAAGAGCAUGAUGAGGAAAGGGGAAUGCCCUCCACUUCUGGUUGUUUUUGAUCCUGUAGAAGGUUUCACUGUAGAAGCUGAUAAAUGUAUCAAAGACUGGACAAUAAUCACUGAAUAUGUUGGAGAUGUUGAUUACUUAAAAAGCCGGGAAAAUGAUGAUGGAGAUAGCAUCAUGACUCUUAUUUCUGCUGCUCAUCCUUCAAAAAGUCUUGUCAUUUGUCCUGACAAGCGCAGCAAUAUUGCUCGAUUCAUCAAUGGCAUUAACAAUCACACCAUAGAGGGGAGAAGGAAGCAGAAUUUGAAGUGUGUGCGAUAUGAUGUGGAUGGUGAGGCGAGGGUGUUGCUGGUAGCCAACAGGGAUAUAUCAAAGGGAGAAAGACUCUACUAUGACUACAAUGCAUAUGAACAUGAGUACCCCACUCAGCAUUUUGUAUGACCCUUAACCACUGCUUUUAUUUGUAACCUUUUUGGAAUUUUGAGAUCCUUCAAAUGUACAAGCAAAGCAUGCAUAUUGCUUAUUUAAACUAUACAGAAUGCUUUCAACUUUUUG